AUGAUAGAUCACGUACUCGGUAAACCGUCAGUCAAAUCCCGGAGGCUGCAGGUGCUCGCUGUCUUGACCUUCUGGUCAGUGUACAUCUUCAAAGGUGAUCGCCAUGGACCACCCGUGCUUCGUUCUCUUUCGAAGCUGUUUUCGAAAAGGCUGACAGCAUGGCAAACCGUGCUAUUCACCAUGCUGUAUCUGUACGCAGCCAGGAAUUUCAGCACGCUUGUUGGACUAGCCAGCCCCGAGCCCAUGUCAAACAUGUACGACAAAACAUAUUUUCGUGCAACCUGGAUUUUGACAGCUCUGGAUGCCGGCUUCUGGACAGCAAUGAAGAUCAAACAAAAGUGGAUACGAGACAUCGCGAGUUUGGUCUUCUCCGUCUUCUACAUGUUUGCGGCAGAGCAGGCAGAUGAGAAAGUCCGCAAAGUUCGGGGGUUGCUGACAGUCGAGCAUCUGCGAGUGAGCUGGAACAAGGGCACGACGCCAUAUCUGCAAUUUUUCCAAGGCUUGAUGCGUCCCCGCUUCACUCGAUGGCCACCAAGAGCGAUACGAAUACCGAGGCCAAGUACAAGCGAUUACAGGGAGCCUGUGUCCGGGUGGCUGUACUACGACGGGCCGAUUGCGGAUCUUGAGCACAUCAGCAAGAUGAUUCUUGAUAUCCCCGGAGGUGGCUUCGUGGCCAUGGACCCUCGAUGCAACGACGACAAGCUGUUCGCAUGGGCGGGAAAGACAGGUUUGCCUAUCCUAAGUUUGGAUUACCAAAAGGCACCAGAAUAUCCAUACCCAUAUGCUCUGAACGAGUGCUUUGACGUCUAUACCACUAUCAUAAAGAGUAAAGGGCGGUGCAUUGGAAUGUCGGGCAGGCAGAAUCCAAAAGUUGUCUUGACUGGCGACAGCGCCGGAGGCAACCUGGCGACAGCUCUUACGCUCAUGGUAAUUGAGAGCAAUAUUGGAAGCCGGCGUCCAGGGUUGGCGGCAGGAGAACUGCCGAUUCCUGAUGGCCUAAUCCUCCUAUACCCAGGAUUGGACAUGAAUAUAGGCAACUGGAUGUCCGAUGAACAAAUGGCGUUAGUAAAAGAUCGGAGGAUGCGCGGGACUAACAAAGACUACCUGAGAAGGAAAAACAGGCAGUACACAGAUGUGGCCGGGACACCUCAUGAGUCAGAAGACGAAGAGGAGGCGCAGGCGCAAGACGUGACGGCUUCUGUGCCCUUCGAACCAAGCUCUGCCAUUACGGAUGAAGGCAUGCGUAGUCCUCAUCCUGAGUAUUCACACGCACAUCCUCGGACAUGGUCACAGUCAUCGAAGCCUAUCUCGUCAGUCUUGGAGAAAAGAGACAGUAAAUUGGGCUUACGCAAGCCUCAACCUUUACAGACUCGACUUGCGAUGGCCUCCAUGAUCUCAUACUUUAAUGAUCGCGUGCUGACUCCCGAAAUGAUGCGCGCAAUGAUCAUCCUGUAUGUGGGACCCCACAACAGGCCAGAUUUCUCGCAGGACUACCUGCUUUCACCCAUAUUAGCACCAGAUAUCCUUCUGCAGCGGUUCCCAAAAACACACUUCCUCACCGGCGAGCGCGACCCCUUAGUUGAUGACACAGUCAUUUUUGCCGGUCGCCUGCGCAAGGUCAAACAGGUCUACCACUCGCAACACACCUCCCAGCGUUUGGGGUCCUUGGAUAAUAUUUCCGACUUUGACGAGAAGGAUGUUGCCGAGGUGGUGCUUAUCCCUGGAAUUAGUCAUGGGUUCACUCAGUUUCCGACUCUCUAUCCACCAGCCUGGAAGCUGAUUGACCGAUGCGCUCUGUGGGCUGUAGAGCUCCUCAACACUGCAGAAUCACGCGAGCAGCAAGAGUUUCAACGGCGCGCCAGUCGGCAUCAUCGCCGGGUCGAGUCCAGCGGGGAUGAGGAUCGACCUUUGGAGAUCAACAUGACCAGAGCACGAGGUCGCACUAUCAGUGACGAAGGUAAGAGCAAAGCUGAAUCAACUGUUCAGCAGUCUGAAAAGAACGAAGAUUCGGAUGAGGCAAUCAAAAAGCAGAGAAUAAAUGGCAAACCCCGGUUCACCAGAAAGUCUAAGAGCAUCGUCAAGCUCAACAGCUCGGAUGAUCUGCUGGGAAGACGUAUGCAGGGUUUGGCCGGGCCUUUGACAGGUAUACAUGACGAAGACGAUUGA